CCCAGCAAACAGAGUACGUCUUUAGACGUAAAAUACACGUUGCUAUUUGGUAGAUAUUCAACUAGGUAAAAAGAAACGUAAAUUAAACGUGAGUUUUUGGUUGAAAUAUAACUAGGUAAAAGAAGACGUAAAAUAAACCUCAUAAUUUAGUUGAAAUUCAACUUCAUCGUAACUUGACCUAAAAUUUACCAAACAAUAAACCUCACGUUGAAGGCGAUAAUUUAAUAAAAUAACGGUUGUAGGAAUACAAAUCCAAGUAGACUGCACUCGUGUGCGAUACCUUCAUUUUCGUAUUGCGCGCCACCGCAACACAUCGCGUCACGUGUUAUAAGCUUGCUGGUACGCAUUUUUGUUUUCGUUUUGGCGCUUAGUAAUAUUUGUUUGCCGGUGUUUUCAGAAGUUUUGUGUGAAUAUUAGGUAAGUUUCUGUAUGUUACUCAAUUCUCAUCGUAUGUGCAAUUAUGCUUGGCGUAUUCUGAAAGCAUUUAUGUUAUUUUACUCAUUUAGAUGUUAACAUAACCUUAAAAUUAAUUUGUUAUUAAUUUACAUAUUACAAUAUUGCAAUAACGGUUUGUUACACAGUUACUAAGUGGAGAUUAUUUGCAGAAAAUGGCCGCUUUUAAUGUUGUGCAAUUUGAAGAGAAAGACGGCUCCUCGGUAGCUAUUGUCCAUCGUGAGUGGUUAACGCCACGUAAAACGGAGGUCUUCUGGCCACCUCAUAAAAGAAGUGCUUCUUUCUAUAAAUGUUUACGAGAUGGAGAAACCGUGCAAUCGGACUGGAAAUUAUACAAAAUAAAAAAAAUCUUUUAUUCGUGUGAUGAUUAUGAUGAUGCAAAAGAGAAAGAGAAAUUAGCUGAAGUACAUUCAGAUUUUGAAGAUACUCAGGUUAUUCGGAAACGACCUAGAGUGCUCCCACUGCGAUUUCAAAACGAGAGUGGUGAGGAGGAGGAAACGGAGAGUCAGUUAUCACGACCCCCAAAAAUUCUAAACACAGCAGUAGCUAUAACGAAUGCUGAUGUGUGCCAAGGGAAGUCACAGAAGUCACGGUCACCUUCUACAAUUUCCACUGUUUCAAGAAAAAACUCAUUGGAUUGUCGAGAAAGUUCAAAUUUACCUAGUACUUCCCAAAGCAAUGACAGUGUGCAGUCUCGAUGUAGUACACCUGUAACACCGUCCAGCACUUUUAGUGGGAAUCAAGUUUUUCAGAGCAGGUUUAUUGGACUAUUAUCGAGGGUAGUGGAGCAGAAUAAAGAAAUUUUACAUCUUCUUAAAAAUACAUCACAUACACCACAACAUACCCAAAACUGCCCAGAUCUACCAGUCACAUUGCCACUUUCUAAAUUUGAAGAUUUUUUAACAUUGGAAAAUUACCUUGGAGAUUCUGAUCAUCAGCAAAUUUUGUCAAAUUUCUUAUCGACUUUGGACAGAACCAGUCUGGUCUCUGCAACCAACGCUAUUUUGAAAUAUUGCGUAUCAUUUAGAUUAGCAAAAGAAUUCAGCUACCUUGGAACUCGAAACAAUAAAAAACCUUUCAGUGUGCAUAUUCUCAAAAAAGUUAUCGUUGGAAGGUAAAUGUACUUAUAUUGGGCCAUGCUCUUAUAAUGGACACAACAAUUUUAAAAAUUAAAAACAAGCUUUCUAUUCAUGAAAAGAAAUACCAUAAACUGUCAACGUAAACCUUUAUUCUUUAAAAAUAACAUAGCAAAGGGUCAGGUACCCAGUAUGCAUUUGAGUGUAGUUGAAUGAACGUCAUUGUUUCCUGGUACGUCGUCUGUGUAACAAGUUGACUGCGUAGUGAAUAUUAUUAAGAGGUAAGUGUUUUUUCAAUGUUUUUUUUACUAAUUAUUGGAUUAAUCGCUCGACUUCAAAAUGUGCUUUUUUGUUGUAAUCUUAAAUAAGGGUAAUCCGUUGAAGCGUUGAAUCAACAAAAAUACGUGUUUUCCAUGCUUUUGGGGGAUGGCCCAAAUUAAGAACAUAAUAUUUUUUUAGGUUCUUUUUUUGGGCCACCUGUCCCAAAUUAAGAGCUCAAUUGUUAAAUGUAUUUUAUUAAUGAGUAAUACCCUUUCAUGGCGACAAAGCUAUAGCUAUCUUCGUCAUGCUUAUACGAUGAAUUAUUCUUAAAUUGGGCCACCCCUGUCCAAAUUAAGAAACAAGGCGGCUCAAGUAAAGGACAAUUUCAGGUACAUGUAACGUGGGCAUUUUCCCUUUACAGAGAUGGGGUCUGAACAACAACAAAAAUACAACAAAUAUAGUGAAGAUCAAGUAAUGCAGGCGUUACAGGAUAUGGAGGCAGGAGCGAGUUUACGUGCGACUUCAAAAAAACACGGAAUUCCACGAGCCACACUACUACGAAAAUCAAAAACCACAGGCCCUUUGGAAACGAAAGCAGGCGCGCCAACUGUUUUCGAUGCUAAGGAAGAAGCGAUCUUAGUAAAAUGGGUCAAAGCAAUGGCCAAUGCUGGAUUCCCUAUAUCCAAAGAGACUCUUUUCUUCAGUGUCGAUAAAUUGGCAACUCGAAUGGAGAAAACCUUUAUCGGCGGGAAGUCCCGCGGUAGCACCAUGCCGGGGCGUAAGUGGUAUGAGGGCUUCAUGAGAAGACACCCGGAUAUUAGGGAGAGAACAAGCCAGAACCUCACUUCCGCAAGAAAUAAAAUUACUCAAAAGGACAUAAAUCAGUGGUUUGACGAGAUUGGAAAUUACAUCCAACAAAACAAUUUACAAAGCGUUUUUGACGAUAAUAGGCGCAUCUUUAAUUGUGAUGAAACAGCCUUUUUUUUAAAUCCCAAGCCUGGUAAAGUAUUGGCUGAAAAGGGCUCCAAAAACGUGUAUACAUCGGCAGGCGCAGAUGAAAAAUUUAAUUUAACUGUUUUAGUCACGGGAAAUGCGGCCGGAAUAUUGGCACCGCCGAUGAUAGUGUAUAGAUAUCAACGCAUUCCACUGCAAAUCGUGAAAAAUAUACCACCUGAAUGGGGUAUAGGCAAGUCGGAAAAUGGAUGGAUGACCCAGGAAACAUUUUUUGAGUACAUCACUAAUAUAUUUAAUCCGUGGUUGGACAAACACAAUAUUCCUCGUCCUGUAAUUAUGUUUCUCGAUGGCCAUUCAUCACAUUUAUCUCUCCCUCUCUCAGAGUUUUGCGAGCAGAAAAAAAUAAUAUUGGUUGCACUCUAUCCAAAUGCCACUCAUCUCAUACAACCUUUGGACGUUGCAGUGUUUCAUACAUUAAAAAGUUCGUGGAAACAAAAGGUGGCUGAAUGGAGAAUUGCUAGUGAAGGAGCUCAAAUGCAGAAACAUAACUUUCCAGAAGUUCUGCAAUCAGUUUUGGGUCAAUUAGAACCGCAGGUAUUAAUAAGUGGAUUUCGAAAAUGUGGUUUGGUGCCUUGGAACCCAUUAGAAGUGGAAGUACCCCUCAAUAAGCCAGAGGAACCAAAAAAGUUAGAAAAACUUAAUGGAGACACAAACAUUGUUACUUUUUUUACAAUGUUAGAACAAAAAUUAGGUACCGAGAAGCUAAGACAGUUUCAAAGUAGUAAUGGUACUUGGAAUGGUGCUACAGAAGACAAAUCUUUGUACGUCCUGUGGCUUGAAACUAAACAUACCGUAGAAGCAAACAAGACUCCUAGAGAGCAUUCUCCCAUUCUCACAAUUAAAAAUAGCUUGGACACUAAAGAAGAAACUGCACGAGAUCCCGAACAAGAAGAGCAGGCAGUUUGUGAAGAUAAAACUCCUGAAAAAGAAGCAGUUGCGGGGCCAUCAAAAAACAGUGCAUUAGUUGGAGUUCCAACGCCGUUUAAAUCAACUCUCUUUUGGCCACAAGAAAAUCAGGACAUAUCUCGAAAACGGAAAGCAGAGAAAUUGCCUUCAGUGGUAACCUCUCCGCAGAUGAUAGAAUACUACAAAAAGAAGGAAAGCAUGAAAAGAGCUAAGGAAGAAGGGAUAAAAAAACGGAAAAUGGAACGGGAGGAAAAGAAGAAAUUAAUAGAAGAAAAGAAAAAAAUCGCAGAAGAAAAAAAACAAUUACAGAACAUUGUGAGGUCAUCUUCAGAAUCUUCAGGGAAUUCCUCUCUGGUGUAUCAAGAAUCUGUCGAUUCGCCAUGGAACGAAUCCGAGACAAGCGACGAAGAGAUUCCCGAAGAAAUUUCGAUGAGAAAAUUGGCAAUAGGUGACUUUAUUCUAGUUAAUUUUGUGGGGGGAAAAAGGAAUUCGACCAACUACAAAUAUGUCUGUGUCAUUCAAAAAAUUAAAACCAAUGAAAUAACCGUUCAGGGCCUUCAGUCUAAUAAAUCAAGGAAAGCUUAUCAUUUGGUGGAUAAUGACAUUUCAAGUGUAGAAUUUCGACAAAUCGUUGGUCGGCUUCCUCAGCCUGAAAUAGAAGUGGAAGGAAGACAAGUGCUUUAUAAAUUUAAGAAAAAUAUAUGUAUUAUGGAAAAAGCCUAAAUGUAAUAUAGAUUUUAAAAUAAGUUUGACGAUAAGUUUUUGUAUCCCAAUGUUUUUGAAUAAAUUUUGAUUUGCAAAAUAAUUUCAGCAUUAAACUAUAGUCCCAAAUUGUGGGGGCCCAAUAUAAGCAAAAUUCAAAUUCCCCCUGCCCAAUUUGAGGACCUUGACAUGUAAGGGGUUGAGUCAAAUUAUGGAACCCUUAGUUACCCCUGGUAUAGGAUGUAAGUGUUUUAUCUGAUAAUGUAGACUUCAACCUACAAAACCCAGUAAAUAACACUUUUGUCCUAAUCAAUUCAAGCGAGAUAGCACCCAAAACGUCCUUAAGCGUCCCAAUAUGAGUACAUU